UGAUUUGAACGGUGGAGUAUUCGGUAGAUCUGCAAUGUGAAUCAGUGGGGGGAAAAUAGGUGCAUUACUACUUUCUGUUUAUUAUUUCGCUUUCGCUGAUUUUUAGAAUACUAAUUUCUUGCCUUUAAGUAUGAAUAUUUUUACAUCAUGAUUUGCCUGUAAGAUUUUUGAGGCUUGCUUGCAGCGGGUAAAUGUGUCUGGACUUGCAGCUUAUUGACAGUUUUCACUAAAUUCAAACCUACAGUAAUGUGCAAUAACUUGCCAAUAAAUGAAUGGACUUUAAUAUUGUGUACAACGUAUAUGAUUCGGGUGUUUAUACCGAACCCGAUUAUGGUUUUAUAGGAAGAAAAUGACAUUUUUUGAUAAAGUGUAGGACAGGACACGAGUCUAAAUAUGGCCAACACAAGCUUAUAUGGAAACUCUGGUCAAAUGGUCACAGGUUUGCCGCCUGUGGCACCAAAUUUGGCUUCAUCUCUACCUCAACUUACAACAGAGACGGAACUUCAAAAGCUGCUUGCUGAUGAACGAAUGAGGAGUCAGAUGCACAAAACAAAUUAUGAGCAGUUAAAAGAAGAGCACAAACGAUUGCAAGAUGAAUAUGCACAUAUGGAGGAAGAGAUCAAAAGAACUGUGGAAGAGAGUAAAAUUGUACAGGAAAAGUACAAAACUAUGUAUGAGCAGGCCCGGCGGGAACUGGGUGAGAAAAGCGCUCAGAUGGAGGAAAUUCGCAGCAGUGUUUUUACUCCUCAACGACUAGAAAUAAUCCGUACUCAAGUUACUGAAGAUAUAUCCAAGCUUUACAAGGAACGUUACCACAAACAGGAACAGGAAGUGGAGGAAUACCGAACACUGUGUAACCAGCUGAAGCACACCCUGGCCUUCACUCAGUCAGAAUACGAGACACAGAAGGCAGAGCACCUGAGGAUUAUUGAGGAGUAUAAACUUAGUGCGGAGGCGGAGGUAACCAAUCUACGCAAGGAAAGGGAGACAACCAUCACUAAAGUGCGGGAGGAGAGCAGCCAGGAUGCCGAGCGUGUACGGAUCCUACAGAAAGAAAACUCUCAGUUACUGCUAAAGCUAAAGACCCUGACCCUGGAGCUGGAGGAACUCUAUGCCCAGAGGGAAAAACAGGGCUUCGAGACGGACAAUAUCACCCGGGUCCAGAGUAAACAAAUUACGGAGUUCUCCACCACCAUUAAGGCUCUGGAGACUGAGCGGGAAUCAUUGCGUCGUCAACUGGACCAGUUGCAGAGAGAUCUGGCCCUGACUGGUGACACCCACAACAAGUUGACGGGACAGAUCCACGAGCUGGAGAAAGAGAAUGCUGUAUAUAAAAACAGAGUAGAGGAAAAUACACACAAGAACAAAGUGGAUCUCACCAACCUCAAAAUGGAAAUGUUAAAACAGAGAGGAGAGUUAGAGAGGGAGAGAGAUAAGCUGUUAAACGUGGUCGAUGACCUACAGACCAAGCUGGAGAUUAACAAACACAAAGUUGACCAGCAAUCUCGGGCUCUGGUGGAGAAAGAAAGAGAUGCUGUACGCAGGGUGCAGGCCGCACGGGAGGAGGAGUUUGUCAAACUGACAAAGGUUGAAAAUGAAAAGUUAGAGUUGGAGACGAAGCUACAGGAAAUUGACAGGCGCAAGAUUGACCAGGAAGCUUACAAACAUGCGGAAAAGGAGAAAAUGGAGGAGCGGAUCAGAGUUACAAAUGAGGCAAAAGAAACCGCGGAGAGGGAGCGUCUAGUCCUACAAAGUAAAAUUGAUCAUCAAAAUUCGCUACAGAACCAGCUGGAGCGUGAACGCAGUGAAAAUUCGGACUUAAAAAGUAAAAUUUCUAGGUUAGAAACUGAAGUCAACGCAUACCUAGGAAACGAGCAUGAUAUGACAGACGAUAAUUUACGUCUGAGAAACCAAGUGGAACUACUCAAAGAAGAAAUUAAGUUGACUAAGAGUCAGUUAAAGAAAGUGCAGGACAAUCAUGACAUUAUAUUAAUGCAGCAUAAGUCUGCCUUCACGGAGGAAAAAACCCAGGUGGAACACAGACUGCAUGAACUACAAGGACAGCUGAAGGAGCUGCACGGGAAGUACCAGAGGGCGCUGACAGCGUACAAAAAGUACAAGAAAAAAAGCACACACGUGGUGGAAAGAUUAAAAGAUAAAGUAGAGAUUUUAGAAGCCAAAAAUGUUGAAACAGAAUUGGAAAAGAAAGCAUUACAGGCCUGUGUUCCCCAGGACACGUACAGUAAACUUAAGAAGCAAUGGAAGGACCUUCAGCGGCGACACAAUGAGUUCCGGAAAGUCCUUCUGUCCAGCAUGUAUCCAGUGACUAUUGGAGAUAUGUCCUUUGGCAAUAUGACUGUCCCGGUGGACUGCACGUUUCUACCUGGGAAUGUCACCUAUACUGAACAGGAGAGAAAACACCAGGAGGACCUGCGUCUGUUAAAACAGAGACUGGACCGAGUGGACAACAACCAGCAGAAACAACUAGAGGAACUCCAGGAGAUCGCCAGCAGUACCUUCAGGGGGACCUUCCCCGAACUGGACGAGAAGAUCGGGGAGAGGGUCAUCGAAGAAAAAGUCGUAGAGACGGAAGUUGUUAGGGAACACGAAAAAAUCACGGAAAAACAUAGUGUGGAGGAACGUAUGGAAGAAAGCAUGGAAAAGGUAGACUCGGAAAAGUCCAGCUGAUGACAGUGUCCAGACAGACUUGGAAAAGUCCAGCUGAUGGCAGUGUCCAGACAGACUUGGAAAAGUCCAGCUGAUGGCAGUGUCCAGGCAGGCUCGGAAAAGUCCAGCUGAUGACGGUGUCCAGGCAGACUUGGAAAAGUCCAGCUGAUGACAGUGUCCAGGCAGACUCGGAAAAGUCCAGCUGAUGACAGUGUCCAGGCAGACUUGGAAAAGUCCCAUGUCAGUGUCCUCAGUAUUGUGUAGAUGGCAGCAUUUGUGAUAUUUAUGUUUCAGAGCAUGCAUCGAGCUCUCAUGUGAUAACAUCAGUACAUAAGAAUUCAGUAAUAAAGGGAAAACUCGUCUACCCUAUACUGUUACCAGGAAAGUUCAUUUCUUUCCAAAAACAAUGCCUGGAAUAUGUACUGUUAUGGUUAGGACAAUUUUUUGUAAAGAGAUCCAUUAAAAAAAAAAUUACAGAAGGACUUGUGACUUCAAAAUCAAACUUCUUUUUUUUUCAAUAAAGAUAAUGCUUCUCUUUUUUCACAUUCUAACUUGAGGGCACUCUAAAGAAUAAAUCCAAUAAAAUCAGAAACAUAUUCUCACAAAUUUUAAACACAAAUGGAAGUACAUGUGACCAUUUAAAAUAUUUGUCACAAGAACAUGGAUACUUGGUGUUGGAGUGGAUAUGAGUUUAUGGAUGUAAACAGACUGCCAUUUGCACAACACAAUUAUGAUAUUUUUACAUAAAAUUCUCUUCUCUAGCUGUGAUAUAUAAAUAUAAUAUAGAUAUUUUCUCUAUACAUGGUUAUUAUUGUCGUUGUUAACGGAUAUCUCCCUGUGCCUUUAUAUGCUCGGAUACACAGUAGUCUACUCAAGCAGGUGCUUUGGUUGUCGUCCUAUGAGGCACCAUGUUAAUGUUGUAACUGGUCAGAUUUGUAGUGGAAAUUCUCAGAAGCAGAACCUCUCUGUGUUGUUUCAUGCCAUCCUAUAUUUAUUUUUAUAAAUAUACUAGUGUUUGUAUAUUUUUUUUUACAUGAGAAUUCCUUCCAUUCCUCUUUCCAGUCUUGUAUAAAUUUUCUGGGUGUAUGGAGAUUGAGUUUGGUAUGAUUUCUUUUUGUAAUUUGUUUAUUAAAUAUCAAAAUAAUUUAAUAAAUUAUUCAUAACACA